AAAGUCACAAUCAACGCUGAUCACCGCAAAUUGAGCGAACUGCGAGCCUAAUGUCAUACUGUCACAUUGAAUGGUGUUUCUCACGCGUUGCCAAAAACGUCUGUGCAGUUUAUCGUUGUACAUCUGAUUAGAAAGAACGCAACUUAGCGGUAUUUCAACAUCGGCUUGAAUUUGUUGCACAAGUGAAUAACAGAAAGUAAUUAGCAAUCGAAGCGGUGACAUCGCAGUUUGAUAGCAUCACACAGUUGAACAAAAAUCAUUUUUAGAAAAUACAAACAGUUUUGGAGGCAGAAAUAAACCAUUUUAAGAGCAAGUAUUAAACGCCAUGCAAUUAUUUUUCAAUGAAGAGACAAACAUCUAUCGCACGAUGUUUUGUCGCGAAAGCAAAAAAUCAGUGACGGGAAUUUCAGUAUUGGAUCAAUUCAUUGGUCAAAUUCACGAAACAGUCAUGAAUUCGAAUAAUAUCCACGAAAUACAGCGACAAAUUCGAAUGAUGUCCAUUGUUUGCGACAUUUUGCAAGCGUUCAAUUCAACUGUCGAAUCAUUGAUGUCAUCGCUUGACGAAAAGAUUUACAAUGACAUUAUGGCCAAAUCGCCGAAUUCUAUCUGCCUACGAGUCAAAGAUUGGGCAGGCGAUUUAUCGUCUUAUCAAAUUGGCGAUAAAUUCUUUGGCAUGGUUUCAUAUGUACUCGAAGGCGAAUCAAAACUGUGCUUCAUUCAAGACCAAUCCAAAGAAAUGAUUCAAAACUUCAAACCUUAUGUGAAAUCAGCAUUCGAGGGAAUACCGAACUACGGUGAAAUUUUCGGAUUGGAAGUAAAUCUGAAAUUUUUCCGUGCCAUUCGCAUUGACACAGAAGCUACUGGCAUGACCAUUCGCGUUCGAUUGAUUGACAUUGGUGAAAUGAUUUCGGUGUCUCCAAACGUGUACAAAUACAACUUGACUGAUGAAGCAAAACAAAUCCCUCCAAUGGCAAUGCUAUCUCGAAUCGAAAAGAUCGAUGGCAAACUGGUGCAUUCUCUCAGUGGACUAUACAAAAAGGUGUUUCAAGUGAAAAUCAUGGAUAUUUAUGUGAACAUGCUUGAAGUUGAACUGUGUACAGAAGCACAAAAUGGUUUUGAGGUGGAUGAUCCACUGCAAAAGUCAAUUAUUGAAUGCAUGGAAAUGGCUGAUAGAGAAGAAGAGCUACCAGGACAAAAUGCGUCAAUGGUGGUGCGUCAAGUGAAUCAGAAUCCAUUUUUGGACGACAACGACAUUCAAGUAGAAGUCCAUCCACAACAUUUGAACGGUUACCAACCGCAAACCGCACAUACAACCAAAACUUCUGUCUCUAAUGGUUUUCAUGCGCAAAGAGCACACCAAGCCACGUCAACGUCAAAAAGUUACCAGGUGAAUACAGUUAUUCAUCCAGCAGGAACACUACUUGCAAAUGGAUAUCAAACAAAGCCAACAACAGUUUCACCACCAAAGAUGACAUCUCCGGCAGUAAAAUCCCUGCCACCAGUUCCACCACGUCAACCUAAACCAUUACCACAGAUUCGAAUUCCAAUCAACAUCGUGCGCCGAACUCCAGCCGUAGAACAUGAAAAACAUUACAUACACCAUUUCGCGAUGAAGUAUGCAAACGGAGAAGUAAAGUUGACAGAAAGAGUAUCACCAACGAAGAACGAUGAAAAGCGAAUGAAUGGAAAUCAAGAAGCAACACCAAUUUCAAAUUCAUGUCCAUGUGAAACAGGUGCCCAUCCAAAAACUAUCAACCGGACAAAUAUUGAAAAACAAAACAACCUCAUCGAAGCACAUCUUCUACGGGAAUUGCUUCCCGUUCCAAUGAAAGGCGAAGAGAAAUCAGUAACUCCAAUGCAUUUUAUCGACGCUGAAUUCAUGUACGUUCAAUACACCGAACGCUACAAAGAAUUUGAAGAGUACCAAUUCACCACGCUUCAACAACUACAACCAAAACAGUUGAGCUACAUUCCAAAGGUAAACGACUUGAUUUUGUCACGAUAUAAUGAUCAAUUCAUUUAUCGCGCACGGGUGGAAAAGGUUGAACAACACACAUUCACAGUCUUUUACGUUGACUACGGAAACACCGAAACGGUGGGAUUCGAUGCCUUGUUUGAAUGGGACGAACUAUGUGACAUAAUGCCAUUCCAGGCGGUCAAAUAUCGAAUUGCAAACAUUCGAAGUUUACCCGGUUCAUCAGCUAGAGAAAUCAAGGAUUAUAUUCAAAAGAUUUAUCUCAACGGAAUUUUCAAGGCAAAAGUUUUGAAUGUUUCUGACGAUGUGAUUUUGGCAACAAUGAUGAAUACAAAUGGACUGGAUAUUGUUGAUGAAGUUCGAUCAGCUCUCUUCUCUGAAUGUAUAGUUUAGACAAUGCGCUGAGGUUGAAAGAAAGCAAAAAGAAAUAAUUUAGUAAACGAAACACAGAGCAAUAAUGAGAAGAAAAAAUAUAAUUAAAAACAAAACGUGAAACAGUAUACGUUAUAACCUAUAAGAAAAAUACCGAUCAAAUCAAAUCAAAUCAAAUCAUUAUCAAUUAGAAAAUAUCAAUUCAGUUUUAGAUUUACAUGAGAAAUGCCAUACGUUUUUAACAUUCCAACAGAGAAAUUUUAAGAGAUAACGAAACAGAAAUAACACAAACGUAAAAUUUCAUGCCGAUACAGUUUUAUAAAGGAAAUCCACUACAAUUGAUAAAAAUAAUUUUCCAUCUCUAAGAAGGAAAUAAUUUAGAAGUAAUCUACAUUUUAUAAAAAAGUGAUACAUACAGGAUACAUAAUUGUAGCUUAUACAUAUUCGGGUUCUAAGCCAGUGAUCAAUGAAGAAAACAAAAAAUAAAUAUCAAUAGUUAAUCAGACUAAACUACGACGAAGAUUUAUUGUAUAAUGUCAAAUGCAAUGAUGUAUUAGUAUUUAGUAUUUAUACUAUAAGAGGCCAUUGAAAUGAAGAAAAUAAAAACUGAAA